AUGAGUUUAGUUGAUCUUACACAUGGAAAGAAAAGGCAUGUUCCUUACAGGGACUCAAGAUUGACGUUUCUUCUCCAGGAUUCACUUGGUGGAAACUCCAAGACAUUGAUCAUUGCAAACGUCAGCCCUUCAUUGUGUUCAAGUAAUGGAACACUCAGUACUCUCAAGUUUGCUCAGCGUGCAAGGCUCAUUCAGAACAAUGCGGUUGUCAAUGAAGAUGCUAUAGGGGAUGUGCGUGCUUUGCAAGAUCAGAUACAUGUCCUGAAGGAGGAGCUUGCUGUCAUCAACCUUGAACAUGUGCCUCGAACACAUGGAGCCCUUGAAACUGAAGAGCAGCGCAAAGCUGAGGUUGUUUGUCAUCUAUGUAAGGACAGGGAAUCUGCCAUUUGCGAAUUGCAGAUACUGCGGUCUCAAUUUACCAAGCUUCUGCAAGAAAAGGAAAAUGCGGAAGAAUGCCAUCUCUGGAGUCAAAGAACUAUUAAAGAUUUAAGUUCUGAGGCCCUUGAAUUGAAGUCAGAAAUAAUUGACAAAGAGAAGGGCUAUGAAGCUAGAAUGAAAGAAUUGGAGAUAGAUAUGCAAGAAAAGGAUUGUGAUGCCACAACAUCACUUAUUUUAUGGCAUAAAGAGAAAGAGGUACUUGAAUUUGAGCUCUCAGAGGCAAAAUGUCUUGCACAACAGAAAUCAACUGAGGCAUCAAUUCUUUUUGCCAAGUUUCAAGAGGCACAGGCAACUAUAGCUGAUGCAGACUCUACAGUCAAGGCACUUGAAUUUGAGCUCGCAGAGGCAAAAUGUCUUGCACUACAGAAAUCAGUUGAGGCAUCAAUUCUUUUAGCCAAGUUUCAAGAAGCACAGGCAACUAUAGCUGAUGCAGACUCUACAGUCAAGGCACUGGUGGAAUUGAAUGAAAAUGCAAAACAUCAAGCAGAGAAGUACAAGCAAAAGGAAUCUUCAUUUACUAUUGAAAAGGAUGACUUGCUAAGUGAGGUCAGUAGUUUGAAGAUGCUGCUGGAUGUGAAGGAACUAACUUACCUGGAUAUGGAAAAUAAAUUUGGAUCAAGCCUGCUUGAAGCAAAUGAGGUAGCUCUUGAACUGGAAGAUGGCAUCAGACACCUGAAGAAUUCGCUAGCGGAGAACCUUGAGUUUGUUUUGUCUGAUAUUGAAUGGAUGAAGUCAAAACUUCAGCAGUUUGCAGAGUUGGCAAGAGCUUGGUUGGAGGAGAAUUGGUUAGAGAUAAUUGGAAAAGAUUAUGCUGUUUCUGUGUUACACCUCUGCCAUAUGGGGAUUUUGUCGGCGAGAAUUACUGGGCUGCAUGCAGAAAAUGGUCUCCUUCAGCGUGGGAUCCGCGAAUCUGAUUCUUCGAUAUCUAUGCUGCGAGAGCACAAUGAUAAAGCAAAGAAUGAACUGGAAAUGUGUAGUGUUCUCAAAAGAAAGUUACUACUCGACAUCAACAGCAGGUUUUGUUGUAUUGCCAAGAAGGAACAAGAAGCAACUGAACUGAGCUCAAGAUUGGAUUCUUUCGGGAAGAAAGUUAUGCAUUUGCAAGCACAAGAAAAAGCAAUGUUGGCACGGUCAGGUUCCAUGUAUAAUGAGCUAUCCGUUUUGACUGAAGAGAUUGAUGCUACCAACAGGAGUUCUUUGGCAGCUCAAUCCAAAGAAAAAGAAGAGCUGCAUAACCAGUUGGACAAAGCUUUGUUUCUCAAUAGAAUGUUAAAGGACACGAUGCUUAAGGUUGUGAGUCUGCCUGAAGUACACAGUGGUAUACCUGCAAAUGAUAUUAACGGGUGCAAUGAAUUUGAGUUGUGCAGUUGGCUUGUAAACUACCACCACGAGUCGGUUAUGAUCAAUACAAUUAAAAAUGAUAUUGAAUCUUUUGUUUUUGCUUCAGAAUUGGAGCAACACAAGGUACAACUGCAAAAACAGAACCUUAUGUUUACUGAAGUACUUGAACGGAUGAAGACAGAAGUAACUUUGUGGAGAGUUGACCAGGAUUUGGGCAGUGUUGCAAUUUAUGAUUUACAUGAGGAGAACAGUAAUAUAAUGAUUCAUUUGAAGAACCUGAAGCGGGACAAGGAUGAAGUUAUGGAAAGCCUACUUGCAAUGAGCAAGGAAAACCCAAAACUUAGUUAUGUAAUUGACUCCUUAGAGUCCAACAUCAGAUCCUUGCAAACAGAUCGAGAUGGAAAAGCCAAAGAUCUUAUGGAGUUGCAAUGCUCCCAUGCAGCCUUAUGUAAAGAGCUUGAGUUGAAAGCCAAGGUCAUUAAACUCGGAAUUUCAAUUGAAAAUGCUUUGAAGUCAGAGAAUGAUUCACUGAGACAUGAAAUGCUACAUAUUCUGCGCAAGGACAGCAGGAUGGUUGAUUUGGUUUCUAAUAUUGAUAUGGAGAAGUUAUCUGUCUCCAUUCAAGCAUGUUUGGAACAAAUUACUGCUCAAGUACAAAUGUACAUCGAUGAACAAUCAACCAUGAUGAUGAAGUUGUCCAAUGACUUAAACUUGGUUCAAUUGUCUGUUGAGGAAUUGAGCACCCAUAAUUCCUCUUUACAGUCUGAACUAGCUAGGAAAGAUGAAUUGGCAAAGGGCUUGUCAUUUGAUCUUAGCAUACUACAGGAGUCAGCAUCUGUUGCAAAAGGUCAAGCAGAUCAACUUGUUGCGUUGGCUGAAGCAAUUAAAUCAUUAGAACCUGAGGUUGCUUCUAAAUCACAUGAUCUUGAUAAUCUUGUUUCUGGAAGCCAGCCACUAGAAGCUCAAAUCAUGAAGAGUAAUGAAAAGAUUUCGGUGCUAGAGGAGCAACUAGCAAGUACAGUUGGUGAACUAAAUGCAGUUUCUGUGGAGAACACUGAAUUGAGAUCUCAGCUCAACCAUAUUGAACGGAUCAGUUACUCUAGGAAAGAGGAGUUGGCCCAUAGAAGUAAUUCCACUGAAAGAAUGGAAGAAGGGUUGAUUGAGCUGAGAAAUUUACUUGAUGAAAGGAACAACUUAUUUCAAAACUUGCAAAAUGACUUCUCCAAGCUUUCCUACGAGAAACAAUACUGUGACUCUCAGGUGCUUAUGUUGAGAGAGAAGCUGGAGAUGGCUCAGGCAGUGGCCGAAAAAAAUGAAGCAAUUGCUAUGGAUGCUCGACAGAUAGCGGAUGAAAGGAAGACAUAUGCUGAAAAGAAGGAUGAAGAAGUAAAACUAUUGGAGAGGUCAGUUGAUGAUCUUGGAACUGAUGUAUGUGCUGUGGAGAACCUGGUGCGCGACAUCAAGAAGGAAGCAGAACGACAAAGAAUGCAGAGAGAAGAAUUAGAGGUGGAGCUGCAGAAAGUCAGGCAACAAAUGUCAGCUGUACCAUCCUCUGGGGAAGCAGGGAGUUCUGUGGAAGAUAAAAGGAUUGAUUUGACUGACUCAUUCAGACACUCAAGAAAUGUACAUAAUGACAAUGAACUUGAUGAGCAGCAGGGGAAUAAUCACCAAAGCAUCGAGCUUCCUGAUAAAAGGGUUACAAAAAUCUCAAGGUCAAAAACUGAGCUUGACAUGCACUGUACACAGCAACCCAUGUCUAAUGAAGAUCCCAGAGUGCAACAUCUUAUGGAAAAACUGAAAAGAAAGCAAGCUGCAAUUCGGAAGGCGCGCAACUACAAAAAUCCCUCACCAGACUAUAGCUGGGUCAACAGCUUGGGGUAG